AUGACCCUCAAACCACCAGAUCUUCCUCAAGAUGCAGCUUACACAUCUCAUUGGUGCGAGGAAAAUGUGUAUCUUCUUAUUCAGUCGUUUUCUCGAGAUUCCUCGUUAUCUGAAGACUGGGAUGUCUUUGCGGUCUUCAUCUCGAAUCAUAGCAAAACGGCGCCUGAUCUCAAUGUUCACUUGACCUUACAGGUUGCAUUAUGGAACCAGAAACUCUCAGAAGAGCUAGGCUGCCCUGUCAUAUGGGACUAUCAUGUUGUUGCCGUCUUACGUCCUCGAAAUAUCUCCACAAGUAUUCAGAGUUGGGUGUAUGACUUCGAUACGCGAUUGGGUAUACCUGUAACCUUUGACACCUAUCUUGUGCAGACAUUUUCUGCGAACGUUCUCGACGAAUUACAAAGUUACUUCAGAGUUGUAUCUGCGAACGUUUUUCUAGAUCGCUUUGCAUCCGACAGGUCUCAUAUGCUCGCCCCUACUUCCGGAACGCUUGAGGUUCCAAUAUACCUCGAACCUGUUCCUCCUUAUCCAUUGAUACGCGGCGCGCAUUGUACGAGCACCCACAACAUAAUGGAUUUCGUCUCUAUGCUUCCUUCCGACGGUUGCGGCAAUGUUUUUAGCUUACAGGCUGUAGAUGAUUUUUUUGGUUUGAAGGAGGAGCCGAAACCCCUUCCCAGAAAGGCGAAACCAGCAUCAAUUAUCUUGGAUGUAGGAAACGACGUCUUUGCGGAGUAA